AUGUCGACAGCCCGAAAUUCCGCUCUUAGGGUGCUCUUCUUCUUCACUGUCAUUAACCUCCUCUCCACAACCGCCGCCCAAACCGCCUCAUCAACAUACGGUGUCUUCUCCGCCUCCUCUUCCCCUCAAAGCAGCAACAACGACCCCAAUGGGUUCCCCUCCUCCUCCCCAAAUGACAAUCCAGAUACAGAAAACCCCGAAACAGCCGGCGCAUCCGGUUCCUCGCAAACCGCCAUUUCCCUCAGUACCGGCGACCAAAUCGCCAUCGGCGUGGUGGUCGGUCUAGUCGCCCUCAUCGGCAUGGGCUCCGCCAUCCUCUUCUACAUUGCCAAGAAGCGACAAUGGGAAGUGCGUGCCAGCCUGCGCCGAUCAGCGCGGCGCGUUACAACCGCCUUCAAAGCAAGGACGCCUGUGAAAGCGAACUUCUCAAGGAGGGACAGGGGAGGUGCUGUUAGGAUUGACCCGCCUUCACCAUCACAUGCACAGACCUCGAACAAGUCGAAGAGAAGCGGUGGGAUCUUGAAAGAAGCGAAAAGACCUGCCCCUGAAGGAAGGAGCGACAAUACCCGGAACAUGGAUCGUGACGUGGAGAAGGGAUUUGGGACGAAGACCAAGAUCGAGGCUGUGCCCAGGCUUACGUCUCCUUCACCACAGUCAUCUCGGCCAACGGGUCAGGCGCCCAAAAGUUCCUUCGAGAUGGACUCACCCUUGAAAGGAAACCGACCCGAUGCUGGGGUCGCGGGGAAGAAGGGUUACAAGGGUUGGAUGAAGAUGUUGGGGAGGAAGUGA